AUGGAGGUCCUUGCUAGGAUUUUGGCUGAGAAGUCUAGGAAUCCCCUGUUCAAAUUCCAUUGGAGAUGUGAAAAAGCCAAAAUUGUCAAUUUAUGUUUUGCUGAUGAUCUGAUGAUUUUUAGCAAAGGGGAUCUUGGUACUGUUAAUCUUAUCAUGCAAGGUUUGGAGGAAUUUAGAAAUCUGUCGGGUCUCACUCCUAAUCCUAGUAAGAGUAACAUUUUCUUCUCGGGUUGUAGUAUACAGCUUAGAGAGGAAAUCCUUCAGAUUGCAAAACUUACUGAGGGUUCCCUCCCUGUUAGAUACCUUGGUGUGCCUUUAAUCACUACUAAGCUUAAAGUGUCUGAUUGCCAUAUUCUGGUGGAGAGAAUUACCAUGAGGAUCAAAAGUUGGACCAAUAAAUUGCUCUCUUAUGCUGGUAGAGCCCAACUCAUAAAGUCUAUCCUGUUUUCUAUGCAGGUUUAUUGGUCCUCUCUUUUUAUCCUUCCUAAGAAGAUAGUUAGCGACAUUGAGAGUAUUCUUAGAUCCUUUUUUUGGUCUGGGGUUGAGAUGAAAAAGCAUAGUGCUAAGAUUGCUUGGAAGUAUAUCUGCAGAAACAAGAGUGAAGGUGGCCUUGGCUUUAAGGAUCUGGAAGUCUGGAACAAGGCUACUAUAGCCAAACAUGUUUGGUAUCUGUUUUCGGGCGGGGAUUGCUCUAUGUGGUGCCAAUGGGUUAAGUCCUACUUGCUCAAAGGUAGAAGUUUCUGGUCCGUUAAGACCCCUAGUGAUCCGUCUUGGAGGUUUGGGCCUAGGAUCCUUUAUGAUACUAACCUUCCUGACAGUUCCAAGGUUAGCUCUAUUGUCUCUAAUUGUUCUUGGAAGUGGCCUGUUUCUAAUUCUUGGGAGAUUAAGGAGUGGAUUUCCUCCACUCCCUCAUCUCUCUUACCUUCUCCGGGCUCUUCAAACACUCCGGUUUGGAGCUUGACCGCUGAUGGUACUUUUUCUAUCCAGUCUGUUUGGGAUUGGUGGAGGGAAAAAGGGCCUAAAGUCCCUUGGUCUAAACUUAUCUGGGGCCCCCCAUUAAUUCCUAGGGUUAGUUUUAUUGUCUGGUUGGCCAUUAACGAGAGACUUAAUACUGGUGAUAGGCUUCAAUCUUUUGGUCUUGUCUCUAAUCCUUGCUGCCCUUUCUGUCAAGCUCCUGAGGAGGAUCACUCCCAUCUCUUUUUCAGGUGUAUUUUUUCCUCUAGGGUUUGGGGUGGCAUGAUGGCCAAUUGUAAUGCUAACUGGCCUUCUCUGUCUUGGCUGGGCACUGUUGAGUUUGCUACUAAAUCUACCUGUGGUAAUUCUUUGAAAAUGUUGAUCCUGAGGUUGUCUUUUCUCUGCACUGUCUACCACAUUUGGAUGGAGAGGAAUAGUAGAAUCUUUAGUAAGGUCCACAAACCUGAAGAGGUUGUUACUAACUCUAUUAUCCAAAUGGUUAGGGGUAGGCUCCUUUCUUUGGAUAACAUUAAAUUUUCUGCAGGUGAUCACUGGUUUUUGGAGAAAUGGAACCUUCCCUACAAAAUUAUGCAGCCGACCAAUGCUACUGCAGAUGGUUCUCUUCUUUCUUAUCAGGUUAUGAUGAAUCCUAUAUCAUUGAAGUGGCUGAUUGGAGGGUUGAGUGAUGUUUAUGGAGCUUUCAAGUAUACUACCUAUCUUGUUCUAUUGAGAAAUCUGGUGAGAUGUGGGCCUAGUGAUGUGAGGUUCUAUAUGGAGUGUAAGAAUGUUCUUUACUGUGGGCCGAGUGUGGGGAGGUCUUAUACAGUGUGUUUGUUAUUUCUGUUGCUUUAUGAUCUUCAUUAUGGAGGUGGUGAUUUCUAUCCAUGGCAAGUUGUGGCUUAUGUCGUGGUUCGGUGGUGUGGUAGCUCCUUAUUCCGUAGUUACCUGAGGCUGUUAACAGUUUGUUUCUCUCUUGCUGUGGAGGAGUGGUGGCUGAUUGCUGUUCGAAUUUGGGUGGCAGUUGGCAGUGUGCGAAUGUGUUGUUUGCAGUUUGCCUACUCCUACGGGUUGUGUAGGAGGCUUCAUGUGUACUUUGGUGUCUCGUGCAACAGGUGCCUAUCCCUACGGGCUGUGUAG